GCUUUGAUGUAUGCAAAUAGAAACAAAUUUCCUCAUUUGAAUUCGAGUUCUCGUUUAAUAUUCCAGAGGAUAUAAUUGUAAUUUCCAUUUUCGUCAAACAACCUUGGUUAACAGGUCGGUCGUAUGGCAAUUUUUCUUAGUUUUUACUUCAGUAUGUCACCGAAAAUGGGCGAGUUAUGGUACGAGUUAAAUCAGUGGCAAGGGAAAUAGCGACGUUGAUUAUGACGAAGAAGAAACUACGACUUGUGAAGCGCUUUGACGCUAAAGUGCACUCUGAAAUGGUCCAAUUGGUGGCAGUAGUUGGCUUUUGUUAAUUCAAUCUGCCCUUUUUAUUUAAAUUAUGAAAUAAAGAAUGGAUACUAGCCAGAUGAAUGUCUCCUCAAAUCCUUCACUAACACCUGAUACCCUAAAUACUCAAGGUACGGAGAGCUCAUCAUCAGAAUUGCUUGCUAAGGAAUUACUUAUGAACUUUGUUCAACAACAAGAAGUACAAAAGAAUUCUGCUGUCACUUCUUCUGUAAACUUUGAUGUCAAUGCAACCACUGCAGUCAUUAACAUCACUUGUAAUACAGCAACAUUAAUGCCUGGAAUUACAUCAGUAUGUAAUUCUGUAUUACCACAAAGCAAGUUACUCGAUCUUGUUACAGUUGCCAGCAAAGAUCAUGAAAUUGUUAAAGAGCCUUCCAUACUGACCAUUCACAACUUGUCCACCUCCAAUGAAGGCACAUCUUCAGCCCAGGUAGAACCUAAUCUUGUCACAUCUCAAAAUGUUACAACUCCUGGAGGGACAACUAAUGUUUUUAAUGCUAAUGAUGGUACAUCACAUGUUAGAGAACAUCAAAUUGGCUUUGUUAAUACAACAUCAGGAGCAACAUCUACUGGUUUACCACAUGAUGGUACACUGCCAGCUAGUAGAGAAAUUAUCAAUAUGCCUGAUGCUUUGGAAAAAAGUGAAACUGAAGAGUUGGUUGACCCAUCAUCUCCUGAAGUGGAUGUAAAGCUUUAUUCACAAUUUCCUACAGCCCCUGCAUCUUGUGGUAUUGAACAUAUGCAGUCAUUUGUAAAUUUCUUCAAGCAACGUCGUAUUGCCUUGGGUUUCACUCAAGAGGAAGUUGGUAUUGCGCUUGGUACAUGGUAUGGAAGCAUGUACAGUCAGACUACGAUCUGUCGCUUUGAAGGACUACAACUUAGCUCGAAGAAGACCAAUGUCCUAAAGAGACUGCUUGAACAGUGGCUGGUUGAUGCUACUCAAAAAGUCACUGAUGGUGGCAUUCGAAAACGUAAAAAGAGAGUGACAUUCGAUGCUACAAUGAAAGAAGUUCUUGAGCGACAUUUUAUGUUAAAAAAGAAACCAAAAAGCGAGGAUAUCGCGCAGAUUGCCGCUGAAGUAAAUCUGGACCGUAAGGUUGUCCGAAUAUGGUUUUGUAAUCGACGGCAAAAAGACAGAAAGCUUGCCGGCAUCUAAAUUACCUUUCCGAGAAUCGCACAGCUGAAAUGGGUUCCGAAAUUACAGAUCACUAAUGUAGUGCUUCGACAACUGUACAAAUAAAAUCAGAUUUACGAUAUUUUCAAACGCAAAAAAUGAAGCAGAAGAGAAUAAUAAUUUUGAUAUGUUAUAGGAAGGUUGUUAUAAAUUAUUGUCAACGGACAACCAAAUAUUUGAUCCCUCAAACGUAAUUUUCAAUUUUACGACGUCGCUAAUCACUUGUGUUUUGACUUUUUCAUUUUAUAUUCAAUUGAUAUGUUAUGCUUAUGAUGUGAAAAUAGUUUAUUGGUAUAUAAAUAUCGAUUUUGCUGGUAUUUACUACGGAAA